AUGCAUCAAAGGUGCACAUCCGAUUUGAUGAUAUCGAUCAUUGACGUGAAAUCGAAUCCGAGGAUUGAUUAUUCAUCAUCAAAGGCGGUGGAUGUGGCGGUGACGUUGACGGUGACGGUGGCGGUGGCGACGGCGACGGCAUUCGAGAAAGUUAACCGACCCGAUCUAAGAACUCUCGUUUAA